AGAUCAGCGUUAAAAAAAUGUCCUCCUCGCCCAGACUCACCGGUUACACGCUGCGCCCCUCGGAAACAUCGACCACGGUGUCGGUAACGCUCAACAGCUGCGGUACGGGCAUUAAAAAGCUUAGCAUUAACGACAGCGUCAAAUCGGCGGGAAGUGCCAAUUCCGGUGGCGAAUCGACCGAUCCUCUCGAGUCCGAUUUUAGCGGCGAAGAGGAAGACGACGACGAGGAGGAGGAGGAGGAGGAAGAGGAGGAGGAAGAGCGUGAUCUAGAGGAAGACGACGAGGAGGAUAAGGAGGACGAAGAGGAGGACGAGGACGACGAGCAGGAAGCGGACAGUGUACGGGGUGAUCGUCGCCAGGGAGAAAGUGUUCGAUUGAGGCUAGCCGUUGGCGAGAAAGGAAAAUCCGAGGAGGACGACGAGGAAGAGGACGAGAACUCCGACAGUGAGAAAGCGUUGCGCCGCCACAGCCCGCCAAGAAAUACCCGCAAACAAGCGUCCACCUCCUCCGCGGACGGUGACGAGGACGAUCCGGACGAGCUAAGCUCGGUGGUGGAAAAACAGCAGCACCGUCAGAAUGGUUCCGGCAACCGGCAACAGCCAGCCCGAGGUGCUCCUGUUGACGCUGACGAUGGUGAUGAUAAUCGGUGCGGCGGCGAUAGCGAUGAUGAUGGUGGCGAUCUAUCUGAUAAGAAUAAUAAUAUCGGCGCAGCUGUUCGCCGCAAACAACCGGAGGACUAUGCUUUGGAUGAUUUUCAAAUACUGAAAACGAUAGGAACGGGCACAUUCGGACGCGUAUGCCUCUGUCGAGACAAGAUAACCAACAAGUACUGGGCCAUGAAGAUACUGGCCAUGGCGGACGUUAUACGAUUGAAGCAAAUCGAGCACGUAAAAAACGAGAAAAACAUCCUGCAGGAAAUCGAUCAUCCUUUCAUUGUGAACAUGCGAUGGAACUCGAAGGACGACUGCUGUCUGUACAUGCUGUUCGAGUUCGUCAGUGGCGGAGAGCUGUUUUCCUACCUGCGGAACGCAGGACGAUUCGAUAGUGGCACCGCCAACUUUUACGCCUGCGAGAUCGUGCUCGCACUCGAGUAUCUUCACUCGCUGUCGAUCGUGUACCGUGAUCUGAAGCCGGAAAACUUGCUGCUCGAUCGGGAAGGCCACAUGAAGAUUACCGACUUUGGGUUCGCUAAAAAGUUGAAGGAUCGCACCUGGACGCUGUGCGGCACGCCCGAGUACCUUGCGCCGGAAAUCAUUCAAUCCAAGGGCCACAACAAAGCCGUCGACUGGUGGGCACUAGGUGUACUUAUCUAUGAGAUGAUCGUCGGUUAUCCGCCAUUCUACGACGAUAAUCCGUUCGGAAUUUAUGAGAAAAUUCUCAGUGGCAAAAUUGAAUGGUCGCGCCAUGUCGAUCCGAUAGCGAAGGAUCUCGUCAAGAAACUGUUGGUGUUGGAUCGUACCAAACGCUUGGGCAACAUGAAGAAUGGAGCAGAAGACGUUAAAAGACACCGGUGGUUUAAGCAUUUGGAUUGGAAUGUCGUGAUACGAAAGCAGUUGAAGCCUCCAAUCGUUCCGACGUACGUGUUCAGCUCGAAGGAGGACGACACGAGUAACUUCGAUGAUUAUCCCGAGACUGAUUGGAAAUCCGUCAGAUCGUUGGACAAAAUCGAGAUGCAACUGUUUGAAGAUUUCUAAACUAGCCAAUAUUAUGCGAUUAUGUAUUGCACUUAUGCG